CGGCGACGGCGACAUCGUUUUGGGUUUGCUUUGCUCGUGUCGCUGCGAGCUGCUAAUCUGCAGCCAGUUUCGCAUGGUCGUGUCGUCGCUGCGUUUCUGAGAUUGUAAUGACUAGCGUUCACCUCGCAAGUAGCCUAGUCGCCGGGAAGGUGUCGAGAAUUGGGAGCCAUGGCGUGGAGGAGGGUCGGAAUGUGUCGCACGAAGGGCCGCGGUGCGCGUCGAUUGCACCUACAGGCAUUGCAAGAGCUCCUGAUUUAUCUUCUUUUCGAGGGCUGGGGUUGCGUCAAUGUGGGUUAAUGACGAGGAGGAGUCACGGGCAGUUUGCAUUGCGCGUUCAGGCGGCGGUUGGUGUGAAAGAGCGGGUAUUGGAAAGGAAUGAUAAGGAGAAGGGGAGCGUUGUUGUGAUUGAUAACUAUGAUAGCUUUACGUACAAUCUGUGUCAGUACUUGGGAGACUUGGGAUGCAAAAUCGAGGUUUACAGGAAUGACGAAAUUACUGUCGAGGAGAUAAGAAAGAAGAAGCCGCGUGGGAUUCUGAUUUCCCCGGGGCCUGGGACGCCGCAGGACUCAGGAAUUUCUCUGGAGAUAGUUCGGAAGCUGGGUCCUACUAUUCCUUUGUUUGGUGUUUGUAUGGGACUUCAAUGUAUGGGGGAGGCGUUUGGGGGGAAGAUCGUUCGUGCACCAAAUGGAGUGAUGCAUGGCAAAACGUCCCCUGUUUUCUAUGACGAGGGAGGCGAGCCUGGUGUGCUCGAUGGUCUUCCCAGUCCUUUCACUGCGUGCCGCUAUCACAGCCUAGUCAUAGAGGAAGCGACGUUUCCAGCAGACCAACUUCAGGCUACAGCAUGGACUGAGGACGGGCUUGUGAUGGCUGUCCGUCACCGUGUAUACAAGCACAUUCAAGGAGUACAAUUUCAUCCUGAGAGCAUCCGUACGCAAAAUGGAAUGCAGAUUGUGAGCAAUUUUCUGAAGAUUCUGGAUUGGAAAGAAGCACUAGAGGCAGAAGCAAAAGUUUUGGAGACUGAUUGAGUAGGGAGCAUCACUGUAAUUGUUUUUGUAAUGGAAGAUUGCCAGGGACAGUAAGGUUUCCUUCUUUAGAUUCUUCGGUGUACAAUGUAUUUCUUUCUGAGUAUACACUCAGCCAGGCCUAGAGGUAGCGGCCAUGUACUUCUUGGAAAGGCAAUGUAGGUGAUGAAGGGAAUGUGCUUCCAGAUGGACCUGCCACUGCAAAUGGCUGUUCCAAACUUAUCUUAGAUGCUGGUGGGUUCAGGUAAUCGCCUCAAAAGUAUAUAGAAGAGUAGGAGGACACUCAGUGAUUUUGUUCAAAGUGAUCAACCCAAGUGCUACCCAAAGGGUGCAACGCAAAGGUUGUUGUAUUGUGUAAUUGGUCUUUAUUAGAGGAGUUCCAAAAACAAUGGCUACGUAUUACGGGUAAUUUGGCAGAGAAACUUCUUAGGAAAGGUGUACCAUUACAUUAUUGUAGUAGCUAAUGAUGACAAUAUUCUUUUCUAUUU